UCCAGUCUGCGUUCACAGCGGAGCACUGAAGGACCACAGCACUCCUCCUCCUCUCAGAACCAGGGCUGGAGGCGUUUAUAUAAAUGACGAAAUACCUUUAUUCACACUUAAAAGGAUUUUGCCUAAUUGGCCUAAACAGACUUUAUAAACUGCUUGUUAAACGAGGAUAAAGCGGACAGCAUCACCUUGAAACUUUCCUGUGCUCCUCUUUAAGUUGAAGCGCGAUCAGAUGAGGACCCCUCACGAGCUCCUGUGCUUCUGGAUGGUGGACGUGUUUCAAAAGCAACGGCAUCAGUGACUCUGAACGACUUGUUAAUAAACUCAAGCUUCUCAUGGACGAGCCUGGCAUGAAGUGAUGGAUUUUUGAUGUGGACAUUAACACAAUAAACGUGUUGCGCGUUUCGGCGCAUGCAGACGAUGCACAGGACGCAGUAGAGUUGGACAACUGUGGUCUACGGAUGUCCAACGAACAGGAAUUCAUCUGUGCCACUCUCCAGGCCAGUCUCAACCUUUAAGAUUUGGAGCAGUGACGCACAACCAAAUCAGCACUUUAUUUUUGAGUUCAAUAGACCCAUCGUUCGAGAACCUAAGUGGACUCAUGGGUACCGUACUGUCCCUCUCCCCAGGUCCCAGGAAACCUGGUUAUUACGAUGAUCGUCCCGGUUCCCUAAGCCAUUACCCGAGCUUGAGCAGUCGCUCUCUGAACACUCAGAAAGAUCGCGGUCUCAAACGCGGCCAUUCCAUCUUCCUCCCGGCUCUCACGUGGAAGCGACUGGUGGCCUCCACCAAGAAGCGGAGUGAGUCCAAAAAAACCUACCCUGGAGGUCAGGGGCACGUCAGGGCUCCUCUAAACAACAAUAGCAUCUACCAGAGGGAUCCGGUCUUGCACCUCAACCACGAAAAUGUGAAGAAGUCUCUUUCCUGUGCCAACCUCACCAGCUAUGAGUGUCCAGCAGGUCUGGGCCUAGGCAUGGGACUCGGGAUUGGCUACGGAAAACCGCAGCAGAUUUCAUCGGUAAAGAAGAUUCCACCCCUGUGCACGUCUUCGCCCAAGCGCGUGAUCGUCCAGGCGUCGACCAGCGAGCUGCUUCGUUGCCUCGGUGAGUUUCUUUGCGGCCGUUGCUAUCGGCUCAAACACCUUUCCCCUGCUGAUCCGGUUUUGUGGCUGCGGGCCGUGGACCGAUCUCUCUUGCUGCAGGGCUGGCAGGACCAGGCCUUCGUCACUCCAGCCAACGUGGUUUUUGUAUACAUGCUGUGCCGUGACGUGGUGGACGGUGACCUGGUAUCUUCAGAGCAUGAUCUCCAGGCAAUCCUGCUCACCUGCCUCUACCUGUCCUACUCCUACAUGGGGAACGAAAUCUCGUAUCCCCUCAAGCCCUUUCUCGUGGAGACGGCUAAAGAGGCAUUCUGGGACCGUUGUCUGGCCAUUAUCGAUGUCACCAGCACCAAGAUGCUGCGCAUCAAUGCAGACCCGCAUUUCUUCACACAGGUCUUUGCUGAUCUUAAGAGCGAGGGAGGUUGCGUACUGCAGGACUACUCUCGAGUUUUGGAUCGGUGAAAAGAGGACACGGCGUAUUGUCUAGAUGCUAACAUAACGUGAUCUCCAUCAUCAUCAUCAUCAUGUUUUAUCACAUCCUAGUUACUGGAUUCUGAAAUAUUUGAAGAGAAAUCGAAAAAUGUGAGUUGAAAUGGAAGUUGUUAAAUGAAGGAAAAAUAGCAUUAAAACGGUGUGCGUACAUACACACACAGUAUAUAUUACAUUAUAUACAUGCAGUAUAGACACAAAGUAUUCCCAUUUCGAGCCCUAAAAAAAACAAUUCAAGUGGGAUUUGGUUGUGCGUGAGUAUGUGAUGGACAGCAAACUGUGAGGAUUCACAGCUGUUGGUUAUUCAGUUGGCCUUCCUUUAUUUCAUGUGCUGGACGUUGGGUCACCAGCUGCAAUGCCAUUAACAAGAUUAACAGAUUAGUGUCACACACAUACACAGUCAGUCCUACGUUCUGUCCCGGGUGUUUUGUAAUUUACGAUGUAGUUCAGUUUCUAUGAAAAUCUGGGUGUCAGGUUUUCAUUUACAUCUGGUAACAGAAGGAAUGAAAUGGCCUGAAAUCAUCUUGCUGUGGAGGAAACCUUUUUGGAGGUCAGUUUUUGCGUGAUUUCAAAAUAGACCCUGUUUACUUCUUUCUUAAAAAUGUUCCCAAUUUAUUCUUGCAGGAUUUGUUAGUACAAAUUAAUUUAAAGAACUGAACACAUUUGUCUAUUAUGUAAUCCUUUACCCAACAACCCAAUAUUCAUUCCACCUCUUUCAACUACACAUUCAUGGUCCAAUCAGACUCCACCCUACCUUACUUCCUUAUCGAGUUUUACUCGGAAAUACAUCAUAUUGUGGAUUUAUGUAAUUUGUUUAAUCUCCUAAGAUACGUGGACAUCACAUUUUUUGUUGUUUGCAAUAUAAUACUUAAUUUUGUGUAACUGAAACCUGUUGAACACAAACGUGGACAAUUACACUGGUUCAUGUUAAAGGGGCCAUGACAUGAAAAUCUGACUUUUUCCAUGUUUAAGUGCUAUGAUUGGGUCCCCAGUGCUUCUAUCAAUCUAGAAAAUGUGAAAAGGAUCAACCCAGUAACUUAGUUUUGGUAAACCAUUCUCUGCAAGCAUGUGAAAAAGUAAGUCGUUGAAAUUUGGCUCUCCUUAUGAUGUCAUAAGGAGCUCUUAUUAUAAUAAUACCGCCCCUUAAUUUGCACUAUCCAACCACAGCACUGCCAUUUAGCCAUUCAGAGAGGGAGAGACAGAGAAAAUAAUUCACAGCACAAUUAAGUUUCAAUUUUAACAAACCACCAUCAUUGUGGUGAGUGGGCACAUUUUUGCAUACACCUACAAAGUGGCAAUUUUAACAUGCUAUAAUAAAUUAUUUAUAUGGUAUUUUGAGCUAAAACUUCACAUAUGUGCUCUGGGGACACCAAACAUUUCUUUGACAUCUUAAAAAAGUCUAGUGCCAUGGCCCCUUUAAAAAAUAGUUUAUUAUAUUUAUUGGUUCUUUCUAACCCUAAAUAGUUGGAAGAAAUCUGAAAAAAAGACAAACCAAAGCUCGGGUCUUAGUAGGUUAAAGGUCACUGUGGGUGCCGUUUACACAACAACGAUUUCGCCUGAAAGUUUAAUACAUUUGAGUCUGUUCAUUAUGCCCAGACUAUAGUCUGUUUUUUACGUGUACGCGACGUACACACACAGUCGAACGCACAGCCUUGCAAAGUAUAGCGUAUUUGAUUGUACACGUACACAGACAUUUGACGCAUUAGCAUUGCCACAAAAUGCAAUGCAUCUCCUGGGCUACAUAUUACAUUCUCCUGUAGAUGUAACACGCGUGCCCUCUUCUGAUGACAAAAAUUGUACCCAGACCCUCACGUACACAUAAAAAGGUACUGUAGUUCCGCCUUAACACUACAAUGGCAUUUUGUGAUACUUGAUAACGACUCCUUGUCAUCUCUGUGUAAACUACGUAAACAUGAAUCUAUGAUAAUGGUGACGUCAUGGACGUGAUAGAGGGUUAGUUCACUCAAAAAUGUAAAUAAUGUCAUUAAUGACU